CAGAUGGCUUUAGGUUUUUGUCAUUUAGGUCAAUUUUCAUUGUUUAACUACAAAAAUUUAGUAUGUAUACUGUACAUAAGUUCCUUCUAAAAUGAAAAAUAUGGAUUCUAUGGAAGAAGAACAAUGUUUACAUCAAUGUGAAAACUACAUACAAAGCCAUAAUAUACAAAUAUUACUUAAAAACUGUAUAGUACAACUAUGCCUAAAUAGACCCGAUGAUCCAGUGACAUUUUUGCGACAAUAUUUUCAAAAAUUAGAAAGAGAACAGGUAAAAGCAGCAGCUGCUGCUGCUGCCACUUCUGAAGGUGAAGCAGAUGGAGAACUAUCACCACUUCCAGUAUUGGGGGGCCAGCUACCACGGAGACGUGGUGGUAUAAGUGCUGAGCCGGUCACUGAAGAAGAUGCUACAAGCUACGUGAAAAAGGUUGUGCCAAAGGAUUACAAGACUAUGGGGGCACUUUCAAGAGCUAUAGCUUCCAAUGUACUGUUUACUCAUUUGGAUGAAUCUGAGAGAGCCGAUAUGUUUGAUGCAAUGUUCCCAGUGCAAUGCCUUGUGGGUGAAACAGUCAUACAACAAGGAGACGAGGGAGACAACUUUUAUAUUAUUGAUUCCGGUGAAGUUGAGGUGUUAGUUAAUGGUGAAGUGGUAACAACAAUAGGAGAGGGUGGAAGUUUUGGUGAAUUAGCUCUUAUAUAUGGAACACCGAGAGCCGCGACGGUGCGUGCAAGAACUCCGCUCAAACUAUGGGGACUUGAUCGAGAUUCCUACAGGAGGAUAUUAAUGGGUUCGACGAUAAGAAAACGGCGCAUGUAUGAUGAAUUCUUAUCUAGGGUUUCUAUACUCGAGAGUCUAGAGAAAUGGGAACGCUUGACAGUAGCCGAUGCACUGGAGCCUGUUUCGUUCAAUGACGGUGAAACUAUUGUGCGCCAAGGCGAGCCUGGAAAUGAUUUCUACAUUAUUGUUGAAGGUACGGCGGUGGUACUACAGCAGCGCGGCGGGGAGGCGGAGGGCGCGGCGGUGGAGGUGGGCCGGCUCGGGCCGUCCGACUACUUCGGCGAGAUCGCGUUGCUGCUGGACCGGCCGCGGGCGGCCACUGUGCGUGCCGACGGCCCGCUCAAGUGCGUCAAGCUAGACCGUGCCAGGUUUGAACGGGUUCUGGGACUAUGUGCGGACAUCUUAAAACGCAACAUCGCUCAGUACAACAGUUUUGUUUCCCUGUCUGUAUAAAACCAACAUUAAUAGCAAAUAAUAUUUUUUUUUUUAUUUAUUUAAUUCAUAAUUAAGAAAGCGAUGUUAAAUAUGUUUUAAAAAUUAAUUUACACAAUAAAAAGUAACUUACGUCCAAAUUAAUAUAAAAGCGUUCAAUUAUUAAUUUUGCUUUGACAUAAUUUUGGUUGUUGCUCCCAAAGUUAUAAAGUAUAACAAAAUUAAAGAACUUGAUUAAUAUUUAUAUUUUAAACUCCGAUGCAAAUGUAGUACAAUCUGGUUAUUAGUAUUUAAUAUUCUUUAUGUUCUAAAGUGUUGUUUACUUAUCUAAUUUAACAGUGUUUCUUCCAAACUUUUUUUUAAAAUUCAAGAUUGAAAUUUAUUUAUUGUUAUAACACAUCUAUACUGCCAAAAUUCAUGAAUGCAAUACCAAUACUAAAUAUAAGUUUUAAGACGCUCAUAAUAGAUGUAAUAAGUAACAGAACAUUGUAGCAGGAUUUUUAUUCACAUUUUAAGCAAUGCUAGAUGUAUGUUAAAGGCAUUUUUAUCAAGCAGUUAUUUAUCAUGUCCAUUAUACUAGUACUAGAAUAGGUAUGUUAUUGCUAUAAAGUAAUUGAUGAUUUUGCAUCGUUUUAAGAAUUUGAUUUGGGUCUUUUUUUCUCGUUUAAAACUCAAUAGUUACCCCGUUAUUUUAAUCGACUAUAAUAACAAGUACUUAUUGAAAGUCAUAAUGUUUUUUUCACUUAGUUUGACUUAAAUUCUACUUUUAAUAUUUAUGUUUAGUUUUAAAAUAUUCACAGAGAGCUUCUGUUAUAUGUAAAGGUAAAAAGGAAAAUAUUAAUUAUUCUUUGUAAUGUGUGCGUGUUGUGGUGCGAAUUGGUAUUUUAUACUAGAUGUAUAAUAGUCUUACAGAAGUCCAAACUAUUGUAUAUUCUUCCGAUAUAUCGUAUGUUGAUUGGUUUACACAUACUAAUGUAAGUUACAUUUUUACGCAAUAAUAAUAUUAAAUCCUGUUAAGUUUUAA